GUACUGCCUGGCCGGGUUGGCCCAGUGUUCUCGCCCUCAGCCGGAGUGUGGAGUGUGGACGCUGCCCGUGCAGAUGGACACAGCCACCCCAUCAGGCGAGAGUGUGGGGCGGCCAUCUCCAGCUAAGACGUGAUGCAUUUGUUACAUCUAUUGUUUCUGAUUAGAUAAAAGCCUCUGCACAAGAUACGGAAACGCCUACAGUCAGCCAGCACAACAGAUAAGACGGAUAAGAGGGAGAGGAAGAGACAGUCAGCAUUCAUUAGUUGCAAAAGAAAUCCCUACCACUUCGCAGGGCCGCCCGUCUCCCCGCCCAGCAUGACAACGCCAGCAGCAGGAGCCUCGGGAGGGUUUCGGGACGCCAUGAGCUGUGACGUGUGCGCGGAGCUCUACGAUCAACCCAUCAAAACACCACUCGUGCUGCCUUGUGGCCACACCUUCUGCCGCCCUUGCCUGACUGAUAUCAAAAAGUCAGGCCGCUUCCAUUGCCCCACUUGCAGGGCGGGACACAACAACCUGCAGGUGGAGGCGCUCACUGUCAACUACUCGCUGCUCAACAUUUUGCCUCUUUGCAAUCAGUUUGAGUGUGCCACCUGCACAACUCAUGGAGACGACCUGCGGUACUGGUGUGCCAACUGUGACCUGGCGCUGUGCAGCAUCUGCCUCUACUCGGGCCACCCUCAGGGCCACACCGUCAAACUGGCGCAGACUUUUGUGUCGGAGCAAAAACAAAAACUUGAAGAAAGAAUUAAUGUCAUCUUCAAAAACAUAGAGCAACACAAAAAGGAAUUAAAGAAAGUCUUCAAUGAUGUAGACGCUCAGGUGGUGCAGCUUUUCCGCAAGAAUGCCCACUUGCACAACACAGAAGUGGUUGUUAGAGACCUGCUUGACAACAUCAGGAAAGCAAACGACAUUGCCUCGGUGGUGUCCUAUGAGACGGUAGUGAAAGAGUUACAGUUUAAGAAAGAUUUGGCGGAUCCUGACGAUGAGAAAGCACGAGAGAAAGCUCACCCUUCAGGAGACGCUCUAGUUAAGGAGAACUUGCCGGCUGGAGACAAAGAUGCACUGCUAGUUAUGACUGAAGAUCCGAAAGAAGCUGGAUCUGAAGCAAUUAAGGCAGCAAAAGCAGCAGGAACAAUCGUAUUUGGGCAGCCUGCGAUUCAUAGAAAUACAUUAGUUUGCGGACGCCGUGGCUUAAGAGAUCCCAGGGUGAGUCACUUCAUAGCAAGAGAAAUAGCGAGCUCUAACCAGCCACAACAAGACCCUGCAGAGGCCCCGCGCGCAGUGAUGGACUACAGUGACGGUCGCCUGCUGCUCCAUACGCUGGCCGCACCAGCCAUUAAGAGGCUAUCCCUGCAGGUGCCACACGAGGUGUUCCUGGAGUUGGGUGUGGGUGACAGGCGUCUGGGUCGCGUCUACAUCAGACUAUGGUGCCAUCUACGUCGAGCACAGCAGUUCCUAGCACUGUGCAUGGGCACGAUGGGUCCAUCUUUACUGAGAGCCAAAGCCUCUGAGAAAGUGAGGAAUAUCAUCGUGUUUCGGUCUGCUGUGGAUAGAAACAACCAGGCAGUCUCGCAUGCUUUACUGACGGGAUUGGAGUGGGGCGGCCAGCACUCCAAGGCAGAUGCUGAGGGUCUUGUUACUGGGAUGACUUCAAAUAACGACAUGGCGUUUGGCAUCUGCACCCAAGGACAUACAGGUACGGCGAUGCAUGCUGUAUUUGGUGAGGUGGUCGCCGGCCUUGAGGUGACAAAAGAAGCCUUCCACUACAAUCCAGUCAAUGAGGUCACCAUCACUUCCUGUGGCCUCGUGCUGCCCGGCCUCUCGCAAGAAGGCUGACACGCUCGCAGAGGAGGGAACCACCGAGGAAGAGGCAGGAAGGCGCUCGCUGGGACAGUCUGAACCCAAGAUAUACUGAGGGAAUACAUGCGAAACCUCUCUCUCUCUCUCUCUCUCUCUCUCUCUCUCUCUCUCUCUCUCUCUCUCUCUCUCUCUCUCUCUCUCUCUCUCUCUCUCUCUCUCUCUCUCUCUCUCUCUCUCUCUCUCUCUCUCUCUCUCUCUCUCUCUCUCUCUCUCUCUCUCUCUCUCUCUCUCUCACAGAUUUUUAUUGUGGCUGCCUGUCUAUUUUCUUAUGAUAUCGCAUCUAAAUAGAAUUAGUACUUUCCUUCACCGUGUGCCAUGAUUACGGUGUGGUUAUUUCACUUUUUGAGGCUAAAUUGUUCGUGAUGAAUGGCGGGGAUGUAACUUACAAUGCCAAGUCCUUGUUGAUGAUACAUAAAUAGCAAACCACACGAG